AUGGAUGGCGAGGAGACCAGCCAGCCGGUGGCCGUGCUGGUGCGCACCGAGGGCGCGCCCAAGUCGGUCCCGCCGCUGAUUGCCUUCAGCCAAUCCAAUUCUUCGGUAUCUGUUGGAAGAGCGGAGAAUAACCAGAUUCCGCUCAACGACAAGAAGAUCUCCAAGAAUCAUGCGCUGCUGACUCUGCGGACCUGCAAGCGGAAGGGUGCGGCUGAUGGCGAGGUCAUGCGUCGCGUUUUCAUCAAGGAUUCAUCGACUUUCGGGACCUUCGUGAACGGAAAGGCGUUGAAGAAAGGCGAGUGGACCAUCCUCCAAGAGAACGACGCGAUAGGCCUACGAAAUCCGCACGGCAACCCCUCCAACGGGGAGUACCGCGUGGCAUACCAGGAUUCCGUGGCGAUUGUGUCCGCGGCCGUGGCGCGGGGCGAGGCUCCUGUGAAGGCAGUCCCCGCAUCCGGUGAGCCCGGGCUCCCCACGGGUAAGGCGCCAAAGCAGAAGCUGCCCGUGCCGAGAGUGAAGACCGAAAUUACGGAAGCCGAGGCAGCUCCCACGAAACCGCGAAAGGCAGCAGCUGUGGAGUCGGCUGUGAAGGCCGAGGAGCCGUUGAGCCCUGUGAGUGAAGUGUCGGGCGCGGGCGAUCGCGAUCCGAGAAAGGCGCCCCCGCCCGCAGCGGUGAAAGCCGAGGCUGGCGAGGCCGCGGCCGAGGACCCGAUGAGCCCUCUCUCCGAAGUUAGUGAAGUCUCUGCUCCUGACGAGGAGGAGAAGAAUGCGGCAGCGUCGAUACCAUUACCAGGCGUGAUGCCAUCGAUGCCAGGAAUGCCAGGAGCGCCGCUGAUGAUGAUGCCUGGAAUGCCUGGAAUGCCGAUGAUCCCGGGAAUGCCUUUCGGCCUCCCAAUGGUUCCAGGAGCACCAGGCCUUCCGUUUGUUCCGCCUCCAGGCUUCCCUGCGCCCUCUUCGGGGCCAGUGCCCAACGCAGCAUUGCCAGGAUCCAAAGCUGCAGGCGCCAAAGCUGCUUCCCUGGCCGUGGCUGCCAAGCCGGUGGUGAUGACGAUCGGUGCAGAGUUCGUUGGCAUGCUGAUUGGGCGAGGUGGCGAAGUCGUAAAGCAGCUUUCCACGGAGAGCGGUGCUCGCAUCGAGAUCUCCAAAACCGAGACCGAGGGCGCCAAAGCUGGCGAGCGCACUGUUUACAUCAGCGGCCUCCAGGAGUCCGUAGACAAGGCCAAAAAGCUCAUCGACGAUGCGAUCGACAAGGCCAAAGAACGCACUGGCCAAGUGAACCCGAACGCGUGCACAUUGAAAGUGCCCCACGAGCUGAUCGGCAUGCUCAUUGGGCGAGGGGGCGAGACGAUCAAGGAUCUGAAGAAAGAAAGCGGAGCUCGCAUUGACAUCGCCAAGGAGGCGGACGAAGAGGGCUCCACCGAAAGGCAAGUGCACAUCACCGGGCCGCCGGAAUGCGUAGAGUUCGCCAAGAAGAUGAUCGAGGACAUGCUCGGAAAGUCCCGGGAGUCCCGCGAGGGCAAAGAUGGCCAGAGGAAAGGCUCGGGAGGAAGGGUGAUCAAGGUGCCGACCGACAUGAUCGGUGUCCUCAUCGGGCGAGGUGGCGAGACGAUCUCAAAGAUCCAGCGCGAGUCCAGCGCACGGAUUGAGAUACACAAGGAGGCUGAUCGCGAAGCCAUGGAGCGGCAAGUGACAAUCACCGGGUCUGCGGAGAACGUCACGAGGGCCAUCAAUGCCAUCGACGACGUCCUCGAUGCGGCGGAGCGAGCCGGCAAAGGUUCCCGGCGCCGGAGGGACCACGAGGCAGACGAGGGUGCGUUGGUCCCAUUGGACCGGAAGCCCUCGCCCGUCCGAGACAGCAGCUGGCUUUCGGAGAAGGUCUACAUCGACGAGGUGGAGAUGCCUUACAGACCGAACUACCUGCCAGACCAUGAGGACGGAAUGCCGACUGACCUGGAGAUCUUUGUCCGGGGCCUUCCCAAGGUUUGUGCCGAACGAGACCUGUGGGAGCAUCUCUACAGGCUCGGAGCAACAGACGUCAAGGAGAUUCUGCUGCUGCGACGGCAAAAGCAAUCCAAGGGCAUGGCGUACGUCGUCUUCAACCGGCACGACCACGCCGUGAUCGCAAAAAACAAGCUCCAGGGAACCCCGGCAUCAUCCAUCCCCUGCGGCGGGGAGCUUCAGGCUGAGGAGAAGCAAAGCCUUUUCGUCCGCUUCUCUGAAUCCGAGCGCUGCAUUAACGGACGCAGCAACGUCUACGGCGCCGACAUGGCUGUGCUCCUCCAGGGCCCCCGUGGCAGGGCCAUGCAGGAGGUCAGGGAGGCGUCCGGCCUGAAAAAGGUGACCCUGACCGGCCGCAGCAUGAAGAGCUAUGGGCAGGUGGAUGAGGACCCGCGGAUGCACCUCGUGGUCUAUUACGACGCCGACGGUGCUGACGACGUCCCAAAAGCCAUAGAGGUUUGGGGGAAGCAGCUUGGCGAGAUCCACCGGGAGAUCGUGGAGCGUAGCAAGGGCAAAGGAAAGGGCAAGGGUUGGCCCUGGAUGCCGCCCCCGCAUUAUUUCGAUGGGCGGCCCCCGAUGAUGCCGCAUCCGUACGGGCCUCCCCCACCGCACCUGAUGCACCAUCCGCCCAUGGGGCCCCCACCAGAGCCGGCGGUGGAGGCCCCGGUGCUUCUAGUGCGCAGAAGGCUGCUUGAGGCGGAGGACGGCCAACCGCCAGAGCUUAGCAAGGAAAAGGUCAUCGAGGCGACGAGCCUUCGGGGGCGCGAGCUGAGAUGGCAGCCUUGGCCGGAAGUGAACAAGUUCAAUGGUGAGUGGAAGGUGACUCCCUUGCGUUGGGGACUUCGCGGUGAGCUUUUUGUUCUCCUGCGCCACCGGGAGUCGGGGGAGACGCGCGUUUGUGCUGCAGAGGUUCAAAGUCCCUUGGACAAGUGGCCAGUCCUCCACACGAACGCGACCUCCUCGUCACAGCCAUCUGCAAGGUACAAAUCUUUCACCUUCAACGAGCAUCUCUUUGUGAUCUCCAUCGACAGGGAGUCGGGCACGCUGAAGGUUUUCCAUGUGCCGGACCCCUCCUCCUCGUGGAACGUCGCCUUUGAGACCACGCUCCCGGAAGAUCCGAGUGAGUGCCAGGACUUUCCACUUAGUCGACGUGCAAAGCUCUGCAUUUUCUACGCCAUGGAUCGUACUCCGUACGUUGUGGCUGUGGAGCCCAAUGCGGAGGAGGGCGAUCGGAUAGCCUCGGUUUUCCGGAUUGCGGACCCGGCGAAAGCCUGGACGCUUUGUGCUGAACGCCCGGCGCUGCCACCCAAGGUGCGGCUCCUCAUGGUGUACACCAAAUCAAGGUCGCCGAACCCCACAGAAUUUGAGGCGUCACUUUUCGCAAUUGACGCAGAUGCCGGAGAGAUGAAGGUCUUCCAGGUUCCCUCCGACAUGGACAAACCUUGGAAACUGAUUUCAACGCUGCCAUUUGCGGGCGAUACACGCCUCAGUUGCAUCUACGUGCCGGGCAAGCCUGAGCCACUGCUCAUGGCCGGUAGCCCCACAGAGAAGAUGCAGAAGCUCUGCCACCUGAACCUUAUGGAGUGGCGAAUGUCCAAGCAGGAUGAGAGAUUGCCGCCGCCCAAGGCGCCGGUCGUGGAGGAGAAGUUCAGUCGGCCAAUGUCCUCGCUCUGGCCCGAGGGCAAGGAUGGGCGAGACCCGCAGACAGUCGUGGCGCUGCCCAUCGACUGCACUGCCGACCUCGCGGUGAGUCGGCAUACCUGGGUGACGAUGCCCGUCUUGCCUCCGGGCGCCGAAAUGCACGGGCCACCGGGCAUGCCACCGGGACAUAGGCCACCCUUCGACUAUGGCCCAGGGCCACCUCCGCAUUUUGACGGCAGGGGGCCUCCUCCUCCGUUCAUGGGUGGACCCCCACCACCCUAUCGGCCCCCGUUUGAGCGGCCACCGCCCGGAUGGUUGGAUGCGCGGCGCCCGCCUUUUGACAUGCCACCAGGUGCACGACCUCCCUUUGAGGGUGGGCCCCCACCCCACCUUCCGCCAUUCGAGAGGCCGCCGGGGCCGUUCGACGCACGGCCGCCCUUCGAAGGAGGCCGGCCGCCGUUUGAGGCGCCGCCUGGAGAUUGGUUCGGCGGCAAGGGGAAGGGCAAAGGGCCACCUCCGGGAAUGCCGCCAGGAGCUGCGCCGGAUGGCGCGCCCGCGGAAGGUGAGGGCGAGGGGCACAGGCGGCGUAGACAUCGACACCGCCGGGGAGAGGAAGGCGAUGGCGAAGGUCGAAAACGCCGCAGAGCAGAAAGAGCAGAGGCCCCCGAGGCAGACGGGGCACCGAUGGACGCCCCGCCGGGAGACGUCCAGGCGCCUGCGGAUGCACCGCCGGGGGACGUGCAGGCACCGGCCGCGACAGACGGAGCCGAGCCAGAAAGAAAGCGACAUAGACGGCGGCACAAGGACCCGGACAAGGACAGGUCCAAGAGCCGCGAGGACGGUGAGCGGAAGCACCGCCGCAGAAGAAGGAGAGCGGAAGGAGACGACCCUGGGAGCUAG